AUGACGAACAACAAUGACCUCAAAGUCGUAUUUGGCGCCAUGACAUUGGGCAAGCCAGAUACACUUGGUGCCCGCGUCCACGACACCCAAGACGCAGCAGAGAUUCUCAACGUCUUCGAGAGUCACGGCCACAAUGAGAUCGAUACGGCGCGCAUCUAUGGCGCCGGAUCAUCCGAGGAAAUCCUGGCCGCAGCUGAAUGGCAAAAGCGCGGACUAGUGAUGGCCACAAAGCUGUACCCCAGCACUGUCGCGGAGAGCUACACGCAUCAACCCGACGAUCUCCGACACGGGCUCCUCAAGAGCCUUUCAGCCUUGAAAGCAGACAAGAUUGACCUGUUUUACCUGCACGGUCCAGACCGGAACACGCCCUUUAUUGAAACCCUCCGUGAAGUUAACAGGCUCCACCAAGAAGGCUACUUCAAUCGUUUCGGCCUCAGUAACUACAUGGCCUGGGAAGUCGCGCAGAUCUGCGAGAUCUGUAACGCGAACGGUUGGAUUAAGCCAACGGUCUACCAGGGUGUCUAUCACGCCUUGCAACGCAGCAUUGAGCCAGAGCUGAUUCCAUGUCUCCGCAAAUAUGAAAUCUCGCUAUAUGCGUUCCAACCGCUGGCCGGUGGGUUUCUAACAGGUCGAUACACGCGACAUCAAACGGAGUUCGAGGCCGGAUCGCGAUUUGACCCGAAGAUUCUGCAGGGGGCGGUGCAUCAGAAGAGAUAUUGGAACGAUGCGUACUUUGAUGGGGUGGAGGCUAUUUCAGCAGCGGCUGGAAAGCAUGGGCUAACUGUCGCAGAGGUUGCAUUGAGGUGGUUGAAGCACCAUUCCUUACUGAGGCGGGAGUUUGAUGAUGCGAUAAUUGUGGGUGCGAGCAGCGUGAAGCAUUUAGAGAGUAAUUUGGUUGAUUUGGAGAAGGGGCCCUUGCCGGAUGAUGUUGUUCGAGCGGUGGAAGAUGCAUGGUCUUGCGUGAGAGGUGUCGUGCCCCCGUACUGGCAUUGA